CCUGCGCCUUUAAGCGCCGGUGCGCGCGCUGCCCUGGGUUCCCGGCGAGGAGGCCGCGGGAGCGCCUGGACCCGGCCCGCCAGCCCGGCCCCCGCCCGGCCCCCGCCUCGGCCCCGGCGGGGGAGGGGUCUCUGAGCGCGGCCCCUCCCCCCUGCGCCCCCGCCUGCGCUGCGGUGCCCCCAUCCCGCGUGUCCCAGUCUGUCUGACCGUCCCUCCGCUCCCAGGCCUCGCCCCACCCGGCCCUGGGGCUGCCCGGUCGCCCCCCUCCCCACCGCAGCCGGUCCCCUCCCUCCCAGUCAGCCUCCGCCGCAGCCCAGGAAGCCAGCCGGGACGCCGCCGCCCCGGACCCCGCGCCCUAACCUCCACCUCGGGGGCCUGCACCCCCAGAUUGAAUCGGGAAUUCCGGAAACCCGAGCCUGGAACCCUGAUCUGGGACCAGUACCCCGAGAUCCGGCCGUGGAACCCCAAGAUCUGGAGCCUGAACCCCAGUAUAUGGGGCUGGAAUCUCAACAUCGGUCACUGGGACCUCAAUAUUUGGAGCCGGAACCCCACAAUUUGGAACACAGACCCCAAUAUUUGGAGCAGAACCCCAAGAUUUGACAUCUAAAACCUCAAGCCUGGAGCUGAACUCUGAAUUCUGGGCCUGGGACCUUGAAAUCUGGGACUGGAUUUCCAGUACUGUACCCUGGAACCCACUCUUGGGGACCUGAACCCUGGGAUUCAGACCUCAAAUUCCAAGAUCUGGACUGUGGGAUUCCAAGGGGCCUGAACCCGAGUUUGGGCCUGAAGUCCUUGCUGCAGACCUGAAUGCUUAAAUCUGUGGCUUGAGACCUCCCAGUCUUGACUCAGCACCCCAAUAUCUGAAUGCAGAACCCCGGGAUCGGAUCUCAGACUCUAAACCCCACCGUUUGGCUGCUUAGCAUCCCAAGACUGGACCUGGGAGACCCUGACCCUGAACAACCCUAACUGGACCCCUAAAACUGGACCCUAGAGGCCCAAUAUUUAGGGGUCUGGAACCCCGAGUAUUAAGGUCUGGAGACUCCGUUGCCACAGAUUUGAGCCGAGUCAGGACACAGUCCCUCUACAGAAGCCUUGGGGACAGGAAAAGCAUGACCAGAUGCUCCCUCCAGAGCCCUGACCUCUGACUCCCCUGGAGCUAGAACUCUGCUCCCUGGGGCUGCUUCUAGCUCAGGACACCCCUGCCCGCGAUGGCCAUCCUCCCGUUGCUCCUGUGCCUGCUGCCGCUGGCCCCUGCCUCAUCCCCACCCCAGUCAGCCACACCCAGCCCAUGUCCCCGCCGCUGCCGCUGCCAGACACAGUCGCUGCCCCUAAGCGUGCUGUGCCCAGGGGCAGGCCUCCUGUUCGUGCCACCCUCGCUGGACCGCCGGGCAGCCGAGCUGCGGCUGGCAGACAACUUCAUCGCCUCCGUGCGCCGCCGCGACCUGGCCAACAUGACGGGCCUGCUGCAUCUGAGCCUGUCGCGGAACACCAUCCGCCACGUGGCUGCCGGCGCCUUCGCCGACCUGCGGGCCCUGCGUGCCCUGCACCUGGAUGGCAACCGGCUGACCUCACUGGGCGAGGGCCAGCUGCGCGGCCUGGUCAACUUGCGCCACCUCAUCCUCAGCAACAACCAGCUGGCAGCGCUGGCGGCUGGCGCCCUGGAUGAUUGUGCCGAGACGCUGGAGGACCUCGACCUCUCCUACAACAACCUCGAGCAGCUGCCCUGGGAGGCCCUGGGCCGCCUGGGCAACGUCAACACGUUGGGCCUCGACCACAACCUGCUGGCUUCUGUGCCCGCCGGCGCCUUUUCCCGCCUGCACAAGCUGGCCCGGCUGGACAUGACCUCCAACCGCCUGACCACAAUCCCACCCGACCCACUCUUCUCCCGCCUGCCCCUGCUCGCCAGGCCCCGGGGCUCGCCCGCCUCUGCCCUGGUGCUGGCCUUUGGCGGGAACCCCCUGCACUGCAACUGCGAGCUGGUGUGGCUGCGUCGCCUGGCGCGGGAGGACGACCUCGAGGCCUGCGCGUCCCCACCUGCUCUGGGCGGCCGCUACUUCUGGGCGGUGGGCGAGGAGGAGUUUGUCUGCGAGCCGCCCGUGGUGACUCACCGCUCGCCGCCUCUGGCUGUGCCCGCAGGUCGGCCGGCUGCCCUGCGCUGCCGGGCAGUGGGGGACCCAGAGCCCCGUGUGCGUUGGGUGUCACCCCAGGGCCGGCUGCUAGGCAACUCAAGCCGUGCCCGCGCCUUCCCCAAUGGGACGCUGGAGCUGCUGGUCACCGAGCCGGGUGAUGGUGGCAUCUUCACCUGCAUUGCGGCCAAUGCAGCUGGCGAGGCCACAGCUGCUGUGGAGCUGACUGUGGGUCCCCCACCACCUCCUCAGCUAGCCAACAGCACCAGCUGUGACCCCCCGCGGGACGGGGAUCCUGAUGCUCUCACCCCACCCUCCGCUGCCUCUGCUUCUGCCAAGGUGGCCGACACUGGGCCCCCUACCGACCGUGGCGUCCAGGUGACUGAGCACGGGGCCACAGCUGCUCUCGUCCAGUGGCCGGAUCAGCGGCCUAUCCCGGGCAUCCGCAUGUACCAGAUCCAGUACAACAGCUCGGCUGAUGACAUCCUCGUCUACAGGAUGAUCCCGGCGGAGAGCCGCUCGUUCCUGCUGACGGACCUGGCGUCAGGCCGGACCUACGAUCUGUGUGUGCUCGCCGUGUAUGAGGACAGCGCCACGGGGCUCACGGCCACACGGCCUGUGGGCUGCGCCCGCUUCUCCACCGAACCUGCGCUGCGGCCAUGUGGGGCGCCGCACGCUCCCUUCCUGGGCGGCACGAUGAUCAUCGCGCUGGGCGGCGUCAUCGUAGCCUCGGUACUGGUCUUCAUCUUCGUGCUGCUAAUGCGCUACAAGGUGCACGGCGGCCAGCCCCCAGGCAAGGCCAAGAUUCCCGCGCCUGUUAGCAGCGUUUGCUCCCAGACCAACGGCGCCCUGGGCCCCACGCCCACGCCCGCCCCGCCCGCCCCGGAGCCCGCGGCGCUCAGGGCCCACACCGUGGUCCAGCUGGACUGCGAGCCCUGGGGGCCCGGCCACGAACCUGUGGGACCCUAGCCAGGCGCCCCCCCUCUAAGGGUCCUCUGGCCCCACGGACAGCAGGACCCGGACACCCUGUGGGACCUGGCCUCAAACUCACCAAAUUGCUCAUGGUUUUUAAAACUCUGAUGGGGAGGGUGUCGGGGACACCAGGGCAAAACAAGAAAGUCCUAUUUUUCUAAGCUUGGGCGAAGACCCUUGCCCUCGUCUCUGUCUAUGGGGGUUGGGGGACGGAGCAGGGGUCUGGAGCUGGGGAAUGCCUCCUUUGGGGAGACACCCCCUCCCCGCCCAGUUCAGUCUGAGGACCCUGGAGGAGGCUGAGGAUGGCGAUCCAUUCAGACAAUAGAUGUUCCCUGCGUGUCGGCUCUGAGCAUGCCCUGGGUUGGGGGAUGCUGUGGUGAUCCAGAUAGCCCUGAGCCCUGCCUGCAGGGGCUUAAAGUCAAAUGGGAGACAGACACAUCCCCAGACAGUGAUAGCACAGAGUGACCAGGGAUGUGGGCAUGAGGGAAGCCUGGGGGAUCGUGACAGUCCAUAAGAGGUACCCUGCUCAGCCCCAGGUGUGGUCAGGGAGGGCUUCCUGGAGGAGGACACAUGUGAUCUGAGAAUGACAUAUGACGGAGAUAACUGGGCAAAGAGCAGAAGGAAAGCUCUUUCAGGCAGAGGGCACAGCACAAGCAAGGUGGUGGUGUGCCCUGGGCACUGGGGGUGCUAUGGUAGAGGUGAGGCAGGAGGGUUAAGCAGGGUCUAGGACCUCCAGGCUGAGGAGCUCAGACUCUGGCCUGAUGAUACUGGGGAGCCAUGGAGGGUUGUAUGCAAGGGAGGAAUGGGGUCAGGUUGGGGCUUUAGGAAGAUCCUUCUAGUGCUAUGAGUAGGGUGGACCCAAGGGGAAGACUGAAGCUGGGAGCCCCAGGGGAAGCUGGGGCAGGGACCUGGGUGGGUGAGGACGAAGUUGGACCAGCUGGGCUAGGGAACAAGAAAAGGGAGUGGGUUGACAGAGACACUCGGGAAACUGUGGGAAGCUGAAGCGGUGGGUUAUGGAGCUGCGGGGCCAUGGGGUGGGGCAGGAAGAUGGUGGGGACUGCCCUCAUAUAGGACCAGGGAGAAGGAGCAGGUUUGGGAAAGAUGAUAUGGCCAGUGGGGAACUUGGUAGGUGUAGGGGGCCCUGAGGAUGUCCAGGAUGUGGCAUUCAGGAGGGUGCAGGACCCCUGGUCUGAGGCUGAAGCUGGAAAUAGAAAUGAGGGCUUUGUCAGCAGAGAUGGGAACUGACACUGCUGGGGUUAAGACGGCUUCUUGUGGGGGGUGGUUCCAAGUCCCCACUAUGGGACAUUUUUUCUUUUUUCUUUUUUUUUUACAGAUGGGGUCUCACUAUAUUGCCCAGGCUGAUCCCAAACUGGCCUCAAGUGAUCCUCCCGUCUCAGCCUCCUGAAUUGCUGGGAUUACAGGCGUGAGCCACUGCCCCUGGCUAGGGACUUUCCAUAUUUAAGGGUGACGCAAAGAAAAACCUAACCAAGACUAAACAGGAACAGCAGGCAGAGGGACAGGGGGAAGAAGACCAAGCAAUUCAGACCCAAGAAACUCUUGUGUUCAAUGAUAUAAAUAAAGGCUGCGGUGACCCCCCAGAGAGCAGUGUUAGGGGGUCAGUUGGGGCAGAUAGCAGAUUCAGCUCAUUUGAGAGGAGGGGGUAAGAAAAUGUAGCUAGAGGGUGCAGCCCCUGUCAACCUGUGGGUCUGGAGUCCCAUGUCUUUGCAGGGCGGGUCCUUACUCUGUCUUGGGCAGCCCUAGGCCCCAUGAGACACCAAGCCUGGAGGUUUGCAGAACCAAACCCCGGUCUAGGAGAUGUUGAGCCUCCUUGGAGAUCCAGGAACGGGGUUGGCAGUAAGAGGAAUAGCACCCCCUGAACUCAGGGCUUCACUAAUGAUGUCCCCAGAGGCAGGAGAGUGGAGGGAACCUGGGUCCUGUCACCUGGAGGGACACUGGUGUGAGGGCAUGGUAAAGAGAGCCCAAGACUGAACUGGCCCUUUUCAUGACCUGGGGCACAUGACUGUGACCUCGUGGGAUGACAUAUCCUAGAUUCUGCCACAGCUUUUCUGGGGGGGUCUAGGCCUUGAACAUGUUAUGCCAUGAGUCAUGGGACCAGCCUGAGUCCUGGGGGACCUCGUCUGACCACACCCUACUCCCCAAGUCCCCAGCAGUAUCAUGAGAUCCUUCUUGUUGUUCGUUAGCCUUGGGCAGCUGAAGUCAGGUGACGUCAUCAAGAAGAGUGAGGGCAUGAGUCCUGGGGAAAGGGGCCUAGGAGCAGGGGCAUAGUGUUUCGAGACUGUGGUCCCAGCUACUCGAGAGGCUAAGGCGGGAGGAUUGCUUGAGCCCAGGAGUUCGAGGCUGCAGUGAGCUAGGAUUGCGCCACUGCACUCCAGCCUGGGCCACAGAGCGACACCCUGUCUCCAAAAAAACAGAAAAGGAGCCUAGGAAGUGAGGAUGCUGGGGGCCUAGUGCUGGCUACAAUUACCAGUUGCUCCCAUGAGGGGGAGCCAGAGGGCACUGUUCCUAAAGGGGGGUGUGUGUGUGUGUGUGUGUGUGUGUGUGUGUGUGUGUGUCUCGAAGUCUCGCUCUUGUCGCCUAGGCUGGAGUGCAAUGGCGCGAUCUCCGCUCACUGCAACCCCCGCCUCCUGGGUUCAAGCGAUUCUCCUGUCUCAGCCUCUUGAGUAGCUGGGAUUACAGGCGCCUGCCACCACGCCUGACUAAUUUUUUUAUUUCUCCACAUUGGCCAGGAUGGUCUUGAUCUCCUGACCUCGUGAUCUGCCCGCCUCAGCCUCCCAAAGUGCUGGGAUUACAGGCGUGAGCCACCGCGUCCGGCCCUAAACCCACAUUUUUAAAUGUGAGCAAUCCUUGCUGUGUGCAGUGUGCUGGGGAUUCGUUGCGGAACAAAUACAGCACAGGUGCUGCCUUCGCGGCACUCACUAUUUGGUGGGGACACAAAUGUUUUCUGAGUUUUUUUUUUUUUUUUUUUAGACACAGUCUCAAUGUCACCCAGGCUGUAGUGCAGUGGUGCAAUCAUGGCUCACUGCAGCCUCCACCUCCCAGCCUCAAGUGAUCCUCCCACCUCAGCCUCCCAAGUAGCUGGGAUUACAGGCAUGUGCCACCACACCCAGCUAAUUUUUGUAUUUUUGUAGAGAUGGGGGUCUCACUGUGUUCCCAUACUGGUCUUGAACUCCUGACCUCAAGUGGUCCUCCCACCUUGGCCUCCCACAGUGCUGGGAUUACAGAUCUGACUGUAGAUGUUAAAUAAUCACACCAGCAAGUGUAAGCAUCAGCAGUGACCAAGGGGCACCAUGCAGGAGACACAUACAGAAGUGCACGACCCUGUAACCAGGGGCCCUGACCCAACAAGAGAGAUUGAGGAAGGCUUCCUGGAGGAGGGGAGGCCUGGUGGAGACCUGAAGGAUGCGCAGGUUGGAGUUAACCACGAAAGGGGUGGGAAGGGUAUUCCGUGCAAAUGGAAGAGCCUGUGCUGAGGGAAGCAUGAGUGAAAGAGCUGAGGCCAGGGGACUGAAGUAGGGGAGGGAAGGGAAGAGAGUGACCUUGGGUUGAGGCUGGAAAGCAGGAAGGGAGCUGAUGACGCAGGACCCCGUAGGCUGCUGGGAGGAGUCUGGAUUGUCCUCUAAGUGGCAUGAGAAGCCAUUGAAGGGGUUUUGGUUUUUGUUGUUUUUUUUUUUGAGACGGAGUCUCGCUGUCGCCCAGGCUAGAGUGCAGUGGCACAAUCUUGGCUCACUGCAACCUCCGCUACCCGGGUUCAAGUGAUUCUCCUGCCUCAGCUUCCCGAGUAGCUGAGAUUACAGGUGCCCUGCCACGACGCCCAGCUAAUUUUUGUAUUUUUAGUAGAGACUUCUUCACCAUGUUGGCCAGGCUGGUCUCAAACUCCUGACCUCAUGAUCUACCUGCCUCGGCCUCUUAAAGUGUUGGGAUUACAGGCGGCAUGAGCCACCCUGCCUGGCCAAUCAUUGAAGGGUUUUGAGGUCUAAUGAGAGUAGCAGUCCCUGAUCUCAAGGAAGCUCUGUGGGGAGGAGGAUACUGCAAUAGUCCAAGCAGAAGGGUGAUCCGGACCAAGUUGGGGCCUGAAGUGGUUGAAGAGAGAUUUGAGACAACCUUACUAGAGGCCUCUGCCCCCCACCCAGCAGACAGUGUGCCCUACUGUACAGCCACCCAGUUCUGCAGCAAGAUUGCAGAGACGGGAAGAAGAGUUGUAAGACACUGGGCUCUGAUAUACACAGCUCCACCCCUUAGAUGGGGGAGGGACUUCUGUGUAGCAUGGGAAUGACGGACCUUUUCCAGGCUCAAGUAGCAGGCAGACAGUGGAUGGAGGCUGAGAGGCAGUGGGUGGUCAGGGGGAAUGUGGACACAGGAGAUGCAGGGCUGGAAGGGGGACACACACUUGGUAGUAGCUUAUUACAAAUUUGGAAGCAGGAAGGAUGGGAGGAGGGCAGACUGGUCCCUCUAGCAUGGGUCCCCCAUGUUCCCCCACAGCGUGCCGGGACCACCCCCACCCGCCUGCAGAAACACACAAUCACAUGUGUCUAGGAUUUAAAGUUAAAAUUUUGCUUGUCAGCUAGGCACAGUGGCUCGUGCCUGUAAUCCCAAUGCUUUGAGAGGCCACCCUCAGGGAGGAUUGCUUGAGCCCAGGAGUUCAAGACCAGCCUGUUUCCAACUCCGUGGACCCUGUGAGGCACACUUCACUCUCCCCAGCCCUCUGGAUAAAACAGCAGUUCCUUAGGAACUUUAACUUCCCCCAAAAUGCUGUGGCCUCCCAGGCAACAUAGCCAUACCCCAUCUCUAUAAAUAAUAAUAAUAAUUAGCUUGUCCAACUGCCCAGCUAAGUCCAUCAAUUUCCUGAGCUCAGGGAGUACGACUACUUCUACUGUCAAUUCUUCAUCAAUUCCUCAUCUGCCUUUGGCCCCGCACAUUUUUUAGACCAAAGCUCCGGCUGCUGGAGCAUUUUCUUGAAGUGACUGUAGACCCAAUACCAGGAUUCUGCCCUGUCUGUGUACUGCCAGAUCCAACCCAUGUGUCUUGGGGUGGCUAAAUCUGACAAAGGCCCUGAGUGUCUGGGGACACCUGUGAUCUCCUGCAAGGCUGAGGCUAAUGCCACGCUUUUGCAGCUCUUUGCAUGGGCACAUAUGUGAGAGGAUCAGAUAAAAGGUGUUCCCAAAAAGGAUGUUUGUGUUCAGGGUGGAACCUGACGCCUGCCUCCUGCCUUUGGGUCCUCCCUGAUGGCUGUGCCCUCUCAUACCUCGCAAAAGCAAGGAUAGGUAUCAGUGCCGCCUGUCGUCCUGACCUAUGCGGAGUGACGUUGGGAACAUUGUGGUGACCAACACAGCCCUAGCCCUUGCCCUCAGAGUUCCAGUUCAAGGCUGGGAGCAGUGGCUCGCGCCUGUAAUCCCAACACUUUGGGAGGCCGAGGCAGGCGGGUCACUUGAGGUCAGGAGUUCGCAACCAGCCUGGCCGACAUGGUGAAACCCCAACUCUACUAAAAAUACAAAAAUUAUCCGGGUGUGAUGGCAGGCACCUAUAAUCCCAGCUACCUGGGAGGCUGAGGCAGGAGAAUCGCUUGAACCCGGGAGGCAGAGGUUGCAGUGAGCCAAGAUUGGGCCACUGUAGUCUAGCCUGGGCAACAGAGCGAGACUCCGUCCCAAAACAAACCAACAAAAAAGAGUUCUAUUUCCAGUGGAGGAAAUAGAUAAUCACCAAACAAUGGCAUCCCAGAGUGGUUGUCGGGGAUGGGGAAAGAACAGGCAAGAAUGAUCAGGGCUUUUGCAGAAGCCCAGGGGACUCCCAGAGCCAGAGGGUUCUACACUUGAUCUUAGCCAAAAGGCCAAGAAGCAAUCUGAAGUUUCUAACUGGGCCUGGGAUAGGAGGUGGGGAGACAGUCCAAGAUUUCCUGAGGCAGGGCCAGCUUUAUGGCAGUGUGACUGUGGGGUUGCACCAUGCCCCAAACUUAGAAGUACCCUAUGCUUGCUUUAAUGCCCUGGUGUCACUAUCUUGAAAUUAAUAAUUUUUGAACAAGGGCCCCACAUUUUGAUUUUGCACUGCGCCCUGCAAAUUAUGUAGCCAGUCCUGCCCGGAGGAGCGAACACUUGAGGGAUUUACAGAGAGAGCCGAGGCAGAGAGGGUCUUCCCAGGAGAGAGAACAUUGGGUACAAAAGCCAAGAGAGGGCCAGGCGCAGUGGCUCAUGCCUGUAAUCCCAGCACUUUGGGAGGCUGAAGCGGGUGAAUCACCUGAGGUCAGGAGUUCAAAACCAGCCUGGCAAACAUGGCAAAAACCCGUCUCUACUGAAAAUACAAAAAAUUACCUGGACGUGGUGUCAGGAACCUGUAAUCCCAGCUACUUGGGAGGCUGAGGCAGGAGAAUCGCUUGAACUUGGAAGGCAGAGGUUGCAGUGAGCCCAGAUCCCACCACCGCACUCUAGCCUGGGUGACAGAGCAAGACUCCGUCUCAAAAAAAAGAAAGAAAAAAAAAGAAAAGAAAAGAAAAGAGAGGACUGCACACUCACAGAAUGAACCAGAGUUCAGUGUGGCUGGCGCACCAUGGGAGAAGGGCGCACUGUGGGGCCAUGGAGGGUGGAGGGUGAUAAGGUGGAGGGACAGGGUCAGGUUUGCACUUUAGAAAAAUCCAUCUGGCAGCUGGGCGCAGUAGCUCACACCUGUAAUCCCAGCACUUUGGGAGGCCAAGACGGGCAGAUCCCCUGAGGUCGGGAGUUCGAGACCAGCCUGACCAACAUGGAGAAACCCUGUCUCUACUAAAAACACAAAAUUAGCUGGGCGUGGUGGCACGUACCUGUAAUCCCAGCUACUCGGGAGGCUGAGGCAGGAGAAUCGCUUGAACCCAGGAGGUGGAGAUUGCGGUGAGCCAAGAUUGCACCAUUGCACUCCAACCUGGGCAACAAGAGUGAAACUCCAUCUCAAAAAAAAAAAGAAAGAAAGAAAGAAAGUUCCAUCUAGCUACCAUGGGGAGGGUGGAUGGGCGCACAAGGCCAGGGAGAAGAUGGGGGACUCGGCUGCCUGUGGAAGGGGCUGGGAGUGUGGGUGAUUCUGAGGAGGAGAGGCCAGCAUGGGCACGUUUACCAGAACCUUAAAUGCUUGGGUAAUAGACAUCCCAAUGCAGGAGACAGGCUGGGAGACCCCAAAACCACGGGAUGAACCCAGAGCCUCAUUUUCACUUGCAAAUUUUUACUGUGGGUGGCAGGGGAUGCAGAAGGGUAGGUUACAGAAUGUCACUCACUGGUAAGUACUUGAAAAUCUUUUUAUAUGAAAACUCACAUGGAUAGACUGAUGGAGGUGAAUGCAAAAUUGGCAAGAAUUUCGAGUAUAAAAUGUGAGAUUUCAAAGGA